CGCGUCCUCUCGAAGAAGGAGAAGGAGAAGCUCAAGAAGGAGAAGGAGAAGGCCAAGAAGAAGGCGCAGGCCGCCGCCAAGAAGGGCGCCGAGCCAGCCGCACCCGCACCCGCCGACACGCCCGCCGCCGACACCGCUCCCGCACCCGCCGACGACGGCGCCGACGAGGACGCCGGCGAGGGCGAGGGCGGCGCGUCGUCCAAGAACAAGAAGAAGAAGAAGAAGAAGGCCGGCGCGGCCGCCGCCGAGGAGGCCGCACCGGCCGAGCCGCCUGCGGGCAAGAAGGGCAAGGGCGGCGGCGGGCAGAUCGCGGCGCUACGGGCGCUCAUGGAGGCGCAGCAGAAGGCGCGCGAGGAGGCCGAGCGGGCCGAGGCGGAGGAGCGCAGGCGCAUCGAGGAGGAGGAGGCGGCCGCGGCGGCCGAGGAGCAGCGCAAGGAGGAGGAGCGUCUGAGGAAGAAGGAGAAGGAGAAGGCCAAGAAGGAGGAGCUCAAGAAGAAGGGCCUGCUCCUCACGCCCAAGCAGAAGGCCGAGCGCGCCGCCGCCGAAGCUCGCCGUCAAGCCCUCCUCUCGGCGAGCGGCGUCGCCGUCGCCGGCUUGCAGCAGGGCGGCGACAAGGCGCCCGCGACGGCCAAGGUGUCGUACGGCAACCGCAAGCGCGGCGGCAAGCAGCAGGAGAAGGAGACGGCGUCGCCCGCCGAGUCCAAGCCGGCCAGCCCCGAGCCGCCCAAGGUCGAGGAGAAGAAGGAGGACGAGGCGCCGCUCCCGGCCAAGGUCGUCGACGAGGUCAAGAAGGACGACGAGGAGGACGAGGACGUCAAGGACAGCUGGGACGCGUCGUCGUCCGAGGACGAGACCAAGAAGGACGAGGAGGACGUCAAGGACAGCUGGGACGCGUCCUCGUCUGAGGACGAGGAGGAGGUCAAGCCGGCUCCCGCUACCGCCAAGGGUCCCGACGAGGAGGACUCGGACGACGACGACUCGUCGGACGAUUCGGACGACUCGGACGACGACUCGUCGGACGAGGACGACUCGUCGAGCGAGGAGGAGAUGACGGCGGUCGAGCGCCAGGAGGCGCAGCGCAAGGCCGAGGCCAAGGCCCGUCGCGAGGCGCGCGACGCCCAGGCGCUCGCCGAGCGCGACAAGGAGAACUUGCGCUCGCCCAUCUGCGUCAUCAUGGGCCACGUCGACACGGGCAAGACCAAGCUCCUCGACAAGAUCCGUCAGACCAACGUCCAGGAGGGCGAGGCCGGCGGCAUCACGCAGCAGAUCGGCGCGACCUACUUCCCGAUGGAGGCCGUCCAGAAGCGCACCCGGGUCCUCGGAGACGCCGACCUCAAGGAGUACAAGUUGCCUGGCCUCCUCGUCAUCGACACGCCCGGCCACGAGUCGUUCACCAACCUGCGCCAACGCGGCUCGUCCCUGUGCAACAUCGCCAUCCUCGUCGUCGACAUCAUGCACGGCCUCGAGCCCCAGACGCUCGAGUCGAUCCGCCUCCUGCGCGACGGCAAGACGCCGUUCAUCGUCGCGCUCAACAAGAUCGACCGCCUGUACGGCUGGACGCCGAUGAAGGACGGCGGCUUCCUCCAGAGCUUCGACCAGCAGAACCGGGCCGUCCAGCGCGAGUUCGAGAAGCGCCUCGCCGACACCGUCGUCGCCUUUGCCGAGCAGGGCCUGAACGCCGUCCCGUACUACGACAACAAGAACCUCGGCAAGAACGUGUCGCUCGUCCCGACCUCGGCCCACACGGGCGAGGGCGUGCCCGACCUGCUCAUGCUCCUCGUCAAGCUCACGCAGGAGCGCAUGGCCAACAACCUCAUGUACAUUUCGACGCUCCAGUGCACCGUCCUCGAGGUCAAGGUCAUCGAGGGUCUCGGCACCACCAUCGACGUCGUCCUCGUCAACGGGUACCUCCACGAGGGCGACAAGAUCGUCCUGUGCGGCCUCGACGGCGCCAUCGUCACCCAGGUCCGCGCCCUCCUCACGCCGCAGCCCAUGAAGGAGCUCCGCAUCAAGGGCCAGUACGUGCACCACAAGCAGAUCAAGGCGGCCAUGGGCAUCAAGAUCGUCGCGCCCGACCUCGAGAAGGCCAUCGCCGGCUCGCGCCUGCUCGUGUGCGGGCCGGACGACGACGAGGAGGAGCUGCGCGAGGAGGUCAUGUCCGACAUGACGAACCUGUUCAGCCGAGUCGAUUCGGGCGGCCGCGGCGUGUUCGUCCAGGCGUCGACGCUCGGCUCGCUCGAGGCGCUCCUCGAGUUCCUCAAGAGCGACGCCGUCAAGAUCCCCGUCGCCGGCAUCAACAUUGGGCCCGUGCACAAGAAGGACAUCAUGCGCUGCGCCACCAUGCUCGAGAAGGCGCCCGAGUUUGCCGUCGUCCUGUGCUUCGACGUGCCCGUCGACAAGGACGCCGAGGACCAGGCCGCCAAGCUCGGCGUCAAGAUCUUCAAGGCCGACAUCAUCUACCACCUGUUCGACCAGUUCAUGGCGUACAAGAAGCAGAACGACGAGGUUCGUCGCGAGCAGGCUGUCGGCAAGGCCGUCUUCCCCUGCCGCCUCCGCAUUCUCCAGUGCUUCGCCAAGCGUGACCCGAUCAUCCUCGGCUGCGAUAUCGAGGACGGCACGCUCCGAGUCGGUACGCCGCUGUGUGUCGUCAAGACGGACCCGGCGACCAAGAAGAAGGAGGUCAUCUCGCUCGGCAAGAUCACCGGCCUCGAGAUCAACCACAAGAGCAAGGACAUCAUCAAGAAGCACGAGGCAGGUGCGGGUGUCGCCGUCAAGAUCGAGCACGCGUCGUACGAGUCGGCGAAGCAGUUCGGCCGUCACUUCGACGAGAAGGACGAGGUCGUGUCGAUGAUCUCGCGCGAGUCGAUCGACGUCCUCAAGAGCACGUUCCGCGACGACGUCUCCAAGAGCGAAUGGAUGCUCAUCGCCAAGUACCUCAAGCCCUUGCUCGACAUCUAGGCUCGCACCUCGACCGCCCGCCAAGUACUUCUCCUCGUUCGCCUCUCCUUUUGGUCCGUCUCGCAUAGCCUUUAUCGGCGCCCUUCCGCUAUUCCCCUCGCCUCUCUUUCCGUGUUGGCCUCGCCGUUCCUCGUAGCUCGCAAUGCAUGUAUUCUAGCCACUCUCCCUCGUCGCGCCUCGUCGUCGACGUCGACGUCGA